AUGAAAAGGUCAGUUCGUCCCGUCUUCAGCAUUCUCAUAUUCGUCCUCUUCCCCGCCACUCUCAGCUUCCGGAUCCUACUCCGCCGGACCUUGUUCGCUUCAAUUGAGCUUCAGUACAAUGUAAUACUACCCUACCCUGAAACCGCCCGUGUUUUCAAUUCCACUCUGUUGAGGUACGCCGCCAUCGACAUAGGCGAGGAGAAGACCAAGAAAGAGAUCGAGCAAUUGCUGGAGGGAAAUUUCGCCAGCCGGGGAAGGUACAUAACUUUUGCUGCUUGGAGAAGGUUCAACAACCAUGUCCCUAAAGCGACCUCCUCCCUGGGGUUCCCGGUGAUGCUCAGAUCCCCUGAAUUCUACCUGUACUGGCUCGACUUCCGGUGGGUUCUCCAUCACUGGGCGCGAAACCGAAGGUACCACCCUGAUUAG